UCUAGGAUAAAAGCGUAACGGACUGACAUCCUCCGCACUCAAAACUUGUUCCUGUUGUAUGUCCUGUGCUAUAUUGACCUUUAAGCUGUAGCUCCCGAGUCUCACUCUCCUUGUUAUUUACUAGCUGGCCUUGUAUCCUUCUCAGCUGCCUUGUUUUCUCUAACCAUUAUCUAACUCCAUUUGUCGAUCGACAUGCAUCAGUAUUAUCCGACUUCUCCUGCAGGAUUAGGAGCUUAUGCUACACCUACGCGGCAGGGCUCAUAUGGAAGUAACUACAGUGCUUGCAUCGGCCCCCAGUCCCCAAUACAGCGCCUCGGUCCCCAAUUCCGUACACACGCUCAUCGCAGCAAUGAAAACCCUCCAAUCCACGCUCAAUCUAUGGUCCACCUCACGAGCAUCCCCUGACGCAGUCAGCGACGCCUACAUGCAAUUUGGAGUCGGAUUUAACGCCGUCGUAUGGGCGUUUGAAGGAUCAGAGGUUGACACUUCAGAUUCUGCCAUCAAAUUCCCGCGCGAUUACGUGCUGUGCUUGAGACGUGUCUAGGCGAAGACCCCUUCCCCUGCUGCACUGGAAAUGUAUCAAC